GCACUUCAACGACAACCGACACCAGCGACCAAUUCACGACUGCGCCCGACCGCUACGCAAUGCAAACACUACAACUGUGAUUGAAACCCGUGGAUGAGCCAUCAAAAUGGCCCCGCCAAAGCCCAUCCCGUCUAAAUUGGUGAUCAACACCCUACGGGGUGUGGUCUUCACCACCUCCUGCUCCGUUAUCCUGUUGGCCGAGGAGCGAAGGCGCCGAAUCAAGAUUGCCCGAGCCGCCGUGGAGAAUGCAAGAAAGCUGCACACAGCAAAGGUCAACCGCGGAGCGAUUGCUCUGGGCGACGGAUACGUUGGCUGGGACGGGCGUCUGAUUGACCCGAGCGACGAGAUUCUUGCUACCAUGCCCAUUCGGACAUCGAGGCGGCACCGCACUUCAAAUGGACAAUCAUUAGCAGAUACAGGCUCUGUGAAAUCACUAUCCUCUGCCAAGGCAGCAGAGCAACCGACACCUUCAGAAUCCCAACUCGCCCAGCGAACAGCAAAGGCCGCAGCUGCCCGUGAGGCAAUCCGACAACCUAUCCUUUUCUCCGCACCUCCUCAGACAUUCCAGAACGAACGACUUAAGAUAUCACAGGCUGCUGUAGAAACAGUAGCCGUAGAAACACCGAAGACGGAUCAAGUGAAAGCGACGACCGCGACAUCUCCGACAAUUUCUACCAAUGCAACUGAAGCUAAAGCUGAGAUUUCAGGGACAGCAGAGCCCGUUAAGGAAACAGCGAAGUCAAAAUUGGUUCUCUUUAAAGAAUCAAGCGAGGCUCUCGAGUCUAUUCUGGCACGAUCGCGAAGGGAUGGGAUGAGCAGUGCUGAUGCCAAGCGCUGCUCUAACAUUCUUCAGAAACUGUCAGAUGCUGGUAAAUUCCACGGACCGAGGGCAAAGGAAAUUAACGAUAUUCUGUUGAAGAUUUUGGCGCAGUCCAAGGACAAUGCCCCCCUCUCCAACCGUGUGCUAGAAGCGGCAUUGCGGCUGUCCAGGACACCAGAGCAUGUCCUGGGACCGUACCUGUCGGAAUCACUGCGUCAGACCGAUGGAAAGCAAACCAAACAGAUUGCCAGCUUCUUUGCAAAGAAUGUGUCGGCAUCGGUACAUCUGCCCAAAGUCUUCCGCCAUCUCGCCAUGACUCAGGUGAGCAGAGCAGACGCAUAUAGGCUCUUUGAGACCCUCCAGCAACCAGGCGUCUUCCAAAAAGACUCGGAAUAUCAAGUUCGAAGGCAAUUAAUCCUACAUGCUAAAAAGGAGCGAGACUUUGCUUGGAUUCUGGCCCAAAAACCCGCCGUUAUCAACACAAAACCCAAGAACACCGAGAUGGACAUUUCCCUCCAAACAGCCAUUACCGCCGCUCAGGCAUCCGCAGGAAAUAUCGAGUCUGUACGAAGCACAUCAUAUAAGUUAUUGAAGAGCGGAACUGCCCCUCCUACCGAAUUGAAGCAGCUUGUAAGCGAGGCAACGGAUUUACUCAUCAAAAACCAGUCUGCAGCACAGCUUGACCAGUGGCUUCGAAGCAUCACUCGGGAUUUUGGCCUGACUCUUGAACCAAGAUGGGCCAAGACUGUUUCUAAUGCCUACAUGUCAAACCCGGCCCUGGCAAUGGAGAACUGGUUCAGCUUCUGCAACGAGAAUGGUGUACCGACAUCACAAUUACCUCGUCUUCGACAGGAUGUUCUCAACCAACUCUCUUCCAAUGAUAGCCACACCACUUCCGCGGCUGCAUUGAUUGAUGCGGCUCACGCCCGCGGAGAGGAUGUAUCCGAGGCAUUGAGUUCACUACUGAUGGCCCAGUUGAAGGAGGGCCACGAUGCCAAGGACAUUUUGCAGCAAGCAUCCUGCCGAGGAGUCCGCGUACACGACAGCGUCUACAACAGCGCUGCACAGCAGCUUGCAACUCGAGGUGACUUUCGCGGUGCGGCUCGAGUGUGCAAGCUGGCAGCCAAGGAAAACGGCCACGGCCAGCUAGUGUACAGCGAGUACAACUUCUCCAACCUCGUGUACAUUUACACGGGAUCAGCACGCUACGAGGCGCUGCACUCGGUGCUCAACGAGUUCCGCAGCAGCGACCAGAUGCGCUGGCAGGGCAGCAAGAUCUGCAAAGAGAGUGUCAAGCUUGCCAUGAAGACAGUAGCGCAACGAGCCACUGUGCAAGGCGGCGAGGACAGCGAGCAUUACCAGGCGCUGCUGGAUCUUGAUGCCACACUGUGCCAUGUGCAGCAGUGCCGUCGGGCCAAUGCGGCCGCGCGAGCCAACAAGAGCUCCGACAAUCUUGUCCGAGUAGCCUUGCCUGCGGGCGAGUCAAAGCCCUGCAGCCUCGCAGCACAGAGCAAGAUAGGCUCGUACGAGACGGACCAAGUCUUACUAGCCAACGGCCUAUAGAGAAAGGAAAUGGAAUCAAAACCAGGGUACCUGUACAUGCAUAACAUAAUGGGGAAACAUGUGUAUAUCGGCGUUUUUAUCAUCAUGCCCAGCGAGGCGACUAUCAUAUUUUCUGUAUACCUUUUUUAUAUUAUUAUAUUGCUAUCAGUAGAACUAGAAAGGAUAUCCUAUUGACUCUUAUAUCUUUCACCAAGUUUUUAAGUUUACAUGUUGCGAUAGUAUCCCCGAUGCUGGCGCUCUAGCGUAGAUGCCCACGAUCGCCGCCCACUAACUAACUAGCCUUAGCGCCUCCUAUAGGUUGCAGCACACCAUCACCUUGCGCCAUGCACCGAUGCAGUUCCGAAUACGGUAAACGAAGAAAAGACAAAGCCACAGGGCUGCAGGUGCUGCAUAUAAGCGGCGGGCAGGAAAGCAGCAGCAAGGC